AUGGCUCGAGAAGAACACUGCUGGGAUGCGCAAAGAACUGCAACAGGCCAGCUCACCACGCGCUGGCAAAGAGUGGCUCGCCGUUUGGGCUUUGGGAAAAGAAAUAGGGAAGUCGCGGAGUCUGCAGGCACUGUCCCCGCGAAACGGCGCUCGACGUGGGCGGGAAAAAUUGCCCAGCAUAUGCGCCGUGCUGGAGCACUUUUGCGGCGCAAACUCCCAGCAUACUUUUCCGGUCUGCGGACGCGCAUUCGCAACUGGUGGAGGGGCAUGCCAGAUGUUGUGAGAUUCCAGCCGGAAGAGCCGGGAGAUGCCCUUGUCGCUCGUCUACUGGCUGAAUUGCGCGGGAUAGGCGGGCGGCCUCAAGACAUCAAAUGGGAGCACGGAGCUUUCGACGACUGCGUGUCUUCAACCUUCUUUCCUCCUGAUGCCCCGCCUAGACGGUGGGUCCCCAACUUGUUUCUUGUCAUGCCGAAGGCAGAGACUGACCUGGAACGGCUUACAACAACAUCAUUUGAAGAAGGCCCCACUGUCAGCGAGAGUGAGCUCGGCCGCGCUGCACGCUUGCAGCUGAGCAUCGGCAUCAUUCAAACGGUGGCCAACCUCCACGACCAGGGAUUAGUUCAUGUCGACAUCAAGCCAGGAAAUUUCGUAGUCAUGAGUGACGGGCGACUCUUUCUCAGUGACUAUGGCUCAUGUGAGAAGCUGGGAACGGCGUUUGACGCGUGGCAAGUCGGUCUAUCUCUGUACGUGCUUUGGUGCAAGGACAGGCCUGAAGGGAUUGGCCGUGGAGUGGUUUUGGAUUUUAGCAAGUGUCCUGUGGAUCCGCCAGAGGCAAUCAAGGACCUCAUUCGGUGGUUCCUACAAAAGGACGAGGGGCUCCGGCUGCUGCCUUUGCGUGCCAUGCGAACUCGGCAGUUUCGCCAGAUAAAGAAGGAGGUUGAGCGGUCGCUGCGACAUUUCGCCAUACAGCCUCCAUUAGAAACAGGCGAAGAGACGCAGUCGGUGAAACUAGAGCAGGCGUCUUUGGCGGAGGCUACGGAACGUCCUGGGGAACGUGGAAUGACGGAUACGAUGUCGACAGGCGUCGAGGCGUAG